GCUUCGUGUCGUUACGGUGUCCCGGUCCACGUCGCCGUCAUCGUCGUCGUCAUCGUUGUCGUCGUCGUCGCUGCCUCCGCGACCACCACCACCAUCACCACCGCCGUCGUAGUCGUCGUCGUCGUCGUCGUCGCCGUCACCUUCGUCGUUGUACUACUCCACGUCGUCCUCACCGCCGCCUCCACCACCACCGUCACCAUCGCCGCUAUCUCGGGAUCAUCAUCGUCCCUCGUUCUCCAACUACUGCCCAUAAUCGUGGUGUAGUGCCGCGCUCGCGGGAAGGAGCCCGCUCCGCUCCGACUCGUGGCCAACUUCAUUCCUGUCAACCGCAGAACCGAGUUGUCGCCAUCGCCAUCUAAAAUCGACCAUCGUCGUCGUGCGGCUCGCGCGUGGUGCCGUGGUCCAGCGAUCCCGAAGCGAGCCCGCGAGCUCGCUAGGAGAGCCCGACGGGGAUCACCCCCUCCCCCCUCCUCUCUCUCCUAUCUCUCCGCUCCCCGCCGCUCGUCGAUACUCGCGUGCACCCGCGAGUGCACGGUCGCGCCUACCCUCUCCCCCCUUCCCCCCGGGGUGCGAGAAGGGGACCGCCCUGAGAAGGAGGACCGAGGGAGUAGAGAGAUCUCGUCCGAGAGAAAGAGAGAGAGAGAGAGUGAGUAGCGCCGUCUCUCCCCCUUUCUCCCCCCUUUUCCCCCCCUCGUUCGCGUCGGUGGCUCCGUGAAGAACGCCCGUGAACAGUUCCUAGGCACCGAUGUGCCGCGCCGUGCGAUAACUUCCGUCACCUCUCCGCCACCCUCCCUCCCUCUCCCCCCGUCCGACGACCGACCGACCGACCGAUCCCCCCGCGUCCGUUCUCUCCCUCCUGGCGGCGUAUUUCCGUGCGCGCGUGUGUUACAUGUGUGUGUGUGACGGCCGCGCCGGGCUCUCGAGGUGAAAAUACCGCCCUCCUACCCAACCCCUCCGUAUAAUACGGUGAAGGUAGCCGCUAUCUCGCGCGAGUAACACAGCACGCGUGACAAGAGGGAGGAAGAGGAGGAGGUGGACGACGACGAGGAGGUGAAGGUGGAGGAGGACAAGAAGCAGAAGAAGAGGAGGAGGAGGAGGAGGAGGGCGAGCAACGGUGCGAGAAAGAGGUGGAAGAAAGCGGAAAAGAAAAUACGGCGCGGACGGAGCGCGGGUGCGAGCGAGAAGGACAGCGCGAGAGGCGAGCCUGCUGCUGAGCGAGAGUGAAAGAGAGAGAGAGAGGCGCCCACUCGUCAUUUAUCCUAAUACAGCAUGACCUCCAACAAUUCGCAGAAACUCCCCACGACGGAUCGAGUGAUCAAAAAUGUCCCGUUUCCACCGUCGCACAAAAUGACAGUGGCAGAAGUCUUCGACGAACGAACAGGAUCCCCGCGGCCGGAGGUUCUCAAGCAACACUUUAUCCUCGAAGGUAGGAUCGACGAGGCUGCGGCUCUUCGUAUAAUCAACGAUGGAGCCGCCCUUCUACGCUCGGAGAAGACUAUGAUAGACAUCGAGGCUCCGGUCACCGUAUGCGGCGACAUUCACGGACAGUUCUACGACCUGAUGAAAUUAUUCGAAGUGGGCGGUCCACCCUCCUCAACUAAGUAUCUCUUCCUAGGCGACUAUGUGGACAGAGGUUAUUUCAGUAUCGAGUGCGUAUUGUACCUGUGGGCGCUGAAAUUGUGCCAUCCAACCACACUGUUCCUCCUCAGAGGUAACCACGAGUGCCGUCAUCUUACGGAAUACUUCACAUUUAAGCAGGAAUGUAAAAUAAAAUACUCCGAGAGGGUGUACGACGCGUGCAUGGAUGCCUUCGACUGUUUGCCGCUCGCCGCCCUUAUGAACCAACAGUUCCUCUGCGUACACGGCGGUCUAUCGCCGGAAAUUCACAAUUUAGAAGACAUUCGCAAACUGGACAGGUUCAAAGAGCCGCCGGCGUUCGGGCCAAUGUGUGAUCUCCUCUGGUCGGAUCCUCUCGAGGAUUUCGGCAACGAAAAGAACGCGGAGCACUUUUCCCACAAUAGCGUCAGGGGUUGUUCAUACUUUUACAGUUACGCGGCGUGUUGCGACUUUCUGCAAAACAACAAUUUGCUCAGCAUCAUAAGGGCGCACGAGGCUCAAGACGCCGGAUAUCGCAUGUAUCGAAAGUCUCAGACGACGGGCUUCCCGUCGCUCAUCACCAUCUUUAGCGCGCCCAACUAUCUCGACGUGUACAACAACAAGGCAGCGGUUUUAAAGUACGAGAACAACGUGAUGAAUAUCAGGCAGUUCAAUUGCUCGCCACACCCAUACUGGUUGCCCAAUUUCAUGGACGUUUUCACAUGGUCCCUACCGUUUGUUGGCGAGAAAGUCACAGAAAUGUUGGUGAACGUGCUGAACAUUUGCUCGGACGACGAGCUGAUGAGUGACGGUGAUGAUGCACUCGAGGAAGUCGCCGCCAAAGUCGUUGUCCAAAAAAAGAAUGGUGCAGCAGCCAAUCUACGUAAGGAAGUGAUUAGAAACAAGAUCAGAGCCAUUGGCAAAAUGGCACGGGUGUUCUCCGUCCUGAGAGAGGAGAGCGAGAGCGUUCUGCAGUUGAAGGGCUUGACGCCAACUGGAGCUUUACCGCUCGGUGCAUUAUCUGGUGGCAAAACCUCUCUGAAAAACGCACUUCAAGGCUUCUCGCCGAAUCACAAAAUUACCUCGUUCGCCGAGGCCAAGGGCUUGGACGCCAUAAACGAAAGAAUGCCACCGAGGAAAGAUGCACCGCCUACGCCGGCGAACGAGGAGAAAUCCGUGGCAAAGCCGCCGCCUCCUGCGGGAGACAAGCGGGACCACAAUAUGCCGCAACCGCAGUCGUGAGCCCCACACUCGUCCACUCAAGAUGGCGGAUGGAUGGAUGGGUCCUAAGACCCCGGCGCUAUCGCCGCCACCACCGAACAUUUGCAAACCAUUGCUCGUCUCUCCCCCCCCUCCCCCCGGCUGUUACAACCAGUGCGCUGUUCAUCGAGGAGUCAGGAGAAACCAUCGCCGUCGUAAGAGAAAAAUCAGGAACGGACGGUUGCGAAGCGAAAGCGAUUUUUCGUCGAUGCGAUUUUCAACGAGCAUCGUCAUCAGUCCCGGUGUGCGCAUAGCAGAAGAAAGCAAGCAGUCAAGGAAAGGAGGCUGCAUGAACAUCGAGAAACGCCCAGCCGGGUGUUUCGUAGCGAACCUCCUCUUUUCCGAGGAUUUGCCUCCGUAUCUCUUUUUAGCGUACACUGCACUCGCGAAUGGAGAAUAAGAAUGUUAGCCUCCCUUCUGCGAUGAACCGCGCGCGUGCGAUGUUCCCCGUUCUCUCGCCGCUCGUGCAAUUAUUCCUUGCUCUUUUUUUUUAUCUCUGUAUAUCUCUCUCUUUCCUAUAUAUUUAUCCCCUUACCUUCGCCUCAUUCUCCGUCUCUCCGCAAUUCCUCGCUCUUCUCCUCUUCCCAGCAUCCACGAACCUGUACACUACACUAUCCGCGUGUUUCUCGCGAAUUAAUCGACAACCCAAUGUACAUACGCACGCGCGCAUGUACGUACGUAUCAACGACGAGCGGAACGGUAUAGUGAUAUAUCUUAUAGGUAGAUUCGUUUACACACGUCGAGAUGUUCAUGUAUUAGGGAGGAACGACUUCCCCUGUCUUCACCGGGUAUACCAUUUCUCUCGUAUAUAUAUCAUUUCUUUCUCCGGUGUGGGAAAGCGAUGAGAGACGGAACGAACGACUCGCGCGCGGUUACAUCUAUAUUAAUGAGAGGAAUCGCAUAGACAGUGUGAAAGAGAAAGAAUGAGAGGGAGAGAAAGAGAAAGAGAGAACGGACGAGCGGUCUCCGCCAAAGAAACAAAGAAGGCAGCUGGCCUGUCGUCACGGCGGAGCUUCCGGUUUUAGGAUUUUACUAGGUUCUUAAGAUGUGUCCGCCCUGGGUGACGCGCGUAAGGGCAUCCCCCGCGCCACGGGGUGGGGUUACUUAAACCUUAAGUCGAGCUAAGCUUAGGGUUAAGUCGUAAAUAUAUAUAUAUAUAUAUAUAUG